AUGUCACUGGCGGCCGUCCUCUUCCCAGCAAAGCGCCGUAGGCCCUUAUGGCUUUACCUCGUUCCCCCAAUCCUCUCCCUCCUCCUCCUAGCUCAUAUCCACUCCUUCCACUUCCCCUCGACCCUCCUCCCCUACAACACCAACUCUCUGGCCUAUUACCACAACGACCACCACCCCUCGGCAGCCGCUCACCUCAAAUCGAAACCCGUCCAGCACUUCUGGAAGUCCCUUCAGACCGCCCUCCACGCUGCCGAGCCCUCCCUCCCCUCCCCCCUUCGCGCGACCCUCGGCCCCCCCCUCUCUGAGGACGAGCUCGACUCGAGCCCCUCCUCCACGACCAUCACAAACUCCACCCCGCGCCGGAACCUCAUCGCACUCGACGAUGCCUCCCUGGAGUCCCUCACGGCGCAACACGCCUCCUUCGUGUCCGCCAUCAAAUCCACUUUGUCCAAGAAACUCCCCGUAUGGAAGGGGACCCGGGGCGUUGUCAUGACUGCCGGAAGCGGCUACCUCGGCACGGCCCUGACCUCGAUCCUCAUGCUCCGCCGCUCCGGCUCCCGGCUGCCCGUCCACCUCUUCCUCGACACCCGCGCCGAGCGCGCCGCCGCCUCCGACUUCUGCGACGGCAUCCUGCCGCGGAUGGCCGUGGAAUGCCUCGUCAUGGAAGACCUCCUCCUCGCCAGCAAGACAAAGGCCACCAUCAAACACUUCCAGUACAAGGUCCUCUCGAUACUCCUCUCCCCCUUCCAGCAGACCCUGUACCUCGACUCCGACGCCUGGCCCGUCCACGACCCGGAACCCUUGUUCGCGUCUGAACCCUUCACCUCCCACGGCCUCGUCACCUGGCCCGACUUCUGGCUCGAGACGGCGUCCCCCAACUACUACCGCAUCGCAAACGCCACCCUCCCGCCGCCCCGGCCCCUCACCCGGCGCAGCUCCGAGUCCGGCAUCUUGCUGUACGACAAGGCCACCCACGCCGACGACCUCCUCCUCGCGGCCUACUACAACUGGUUCGGCCCGGACUGCUUCUACCCGCUGCUCUCCCAGGGCGCCCCCGGCGAGGGCGACAAGGAGACCUUCCUCCACGCCGCCCAGGCCCUCGCCCGGCCCUUCUGGGACGUCCGCACCCCUGUCACCGUCCUCGGCCGCUGGAUCAACGGCACUUUCGAGACCGCCACCAUGCGCCAGGCCGACCCGGCCGAGGACUUCCGCCUCUUCCGGGCCGCCGCCGCCCGCGACCACGCGCGCGAGGACCCGGACGAGUCGAAGCGCAGGGCCGCCAAGACCUUCUUCAUCCACCACAACCUCUUCAAGCUCGACGUCGCGGCCGUCGGCGCCGCCUCGGACCCCAUGUUCCGCCUCGACGAGGAGGGCAGGGCCGGCCGGCUGUGGGGCCCCGGCGGAGGCGGCCCGCUGAUCGAGGACAGCGGCUUUGACGUCGAGCGCCGCAUGUGGGACGUCGUGCUGGCGGCCAGGGACUGCGGCUCGGCGUCUCAGGUGUCGGACGACCGCUGCGGGCGCCUCGUACGCUGGUACGAGGCCGUCUUCGGCGAGGCGCCGCCUCUGGGCCCCGCGUCUACGGUGUGGACUUGA